CACCCGGCUACCACUAGCAAACGGCCGAGGCCAUCGCAGAUUUCGCAGUUGUCGCGCACCCACCCACCGGCCGCGAUCUGACGGGCUUCACAUUCCCCGCCGCCGCCGCCGCCGACCCGCGGCGCCCGCGCACUCGCGGGAGAAAACCGCGGUGGGGAGCGUAGCCGGCCGCCGCAGCGAUGCCCAGCUCGCCCAAGCUGUUCGCCUCGGCCGCCGCCUCCCGCCGCUCCUCGCUCCGCCGCAUCCUCUCCUCGCCGGCCUUCUCCGCCGCCUGCCUCCUCUUCGGCCUCGCGGGCUUCCUCGCCGCCGCGGUCACCCUCUCCCGGGCGCCCUCCCCGGAGGACGCGCCGCGCGGCCGCUGCCCCGACUCCUCGCGCCCGCUCUCCGUCUCCGUCGCGUGGGACCGGCGCCCCGGGGAUGCCGCCGCCGCUGCCGCCGACCUCCCGGUGGGCCUCGCCACGGGAUCGCGCGGUCGGCACAAGGUCAUGGCCUUCGUCGGGAUCUUCACCGGGUUCGGCUCCGUCGGCAGGCGCCGCGCGCUGAGGCGGACGUGGCUCCCCGCGGAUCGGCAAGGUCUCCUUCGGUUGGAGGAAGCUACUGGUCUGGCAUUCAGAUUUGUGAUCGGUAAAAGCAAUGACAAGUCUAAGAUGCUAGCUCUUGAAAGAGAGGUUGAAGAGUAUGAUGAUUUUAUGCUUUUAGAUCUCGAGGAGGAGUAUAGCAGGCUUCCAUACAAAACGUUAGCUUUCUUUAAGGCUGCUUAUGCAUUAUUCGAUUCUGAUUUCUAUGUUAAAGCUGAUGAUGACAUUUACUUGAGACCAGAUAGACUUUCCUUGCUUCUGGCUAAGGAACGCUCACAUACACAAACAUACAUUGGAUGCAUGAAGAAGGGGCCUGUUUUUACCGAUCCCAAAUUGAAAUGGUAUGAGCCACAGUCCUUCCUACUUGGAUCAGAAUACUUCCUUCAUGCAUAUGGGCCUAUUUAUGCUUUAUCAGCUGAUGUGGUGGCAAGCUUGGGUGCCUUGAGAAACAACAGUUUCCGAAUGUUCAACAAUGAGGAUGUUACUAUUGGAUCCUGGAUGCUUGCUAUGAAUGUCAACCAUGAGAACACGCAUUCACUUUGUGAACCUGAGUGCUCAGAGUCUUCAAUUGCUGUCUGGGAUAUUCCAAAAUGUUCAGGUCUAUGCCACCCGGAGGUAAAGAUGCUAGAGCUUCAUCGAAGAAAAGAAUGCACAGGUGGUCCAUCUGAGGUGUCUGAAUCUGAUGACCGAUGAAGUUUCGUCUGGACACGGAACCAUGGACCCGGCGACAUGAUGACAGAGUGGUUGACCUCUGCCUCGAUAGAUUCUUGGAAUGCGUGCACUCAUAGAGUUCCGUCACUAGGCAGAAUCAUUUGCCGAUAUACCGUGGAGGAAAGCCUACACCUAUAAUUCAGGCGCCAUGACAAUGCAAUUCUCCAGGGCACCGUUGUUGCUCCUCUGCUACAUUCUUGCCAUCGCUUUUAACCACAGAACUGUAUUCUUGUCGUACAGCGGCAUGCUCAUCCCGGUAUCGCGGCGAAGUUUUGUUGUAUAGAAUGCAUUACAAAUUUGUCACAAAUGAUACACUUUCUUUCUACUUAGACCCUACUAUGAAACAGCGUCUUCCUGAAGAACAGAGAUUCUGCUCAACCUCAAUUGAGUCAUUCCUGAUAUACUA